AACUCACCUUCUCUAGCAAUAUGAUGUCACCCCAAUAAAUUUGUAUUUUUUGGUUUUAAUCGGCAUUGGUAAGCUAAGGUCAAUUAAUUUACUUAAUCUAUAGACCUUAGUGAUCCCUUGUCUUUUUUUUUUUUUUUAAUCAAGUGAUCCUUGUCUUAAAAACCCAAAAAAAAGAGUGACCCAUGCAAAACCAACAAUAAAAAAGAAAAUCAAAAUAUAUAUAUUCAGGCAUUGGAAUAAUAAUGGCUGGAUUUGGAAGUAAGAUUGCCUUUAUUUUCUUGGUUUUUGCCAUUACUAUUCCAUGUCUUGAGGCAGGUAUUGCUGAGUUUGAUGAUUAUCUUAAAGAACAAGCCCAUUUAGCUCACGAAAUUGCUCUUAAGUCCUAUGUGCCCAAUCCUGAAAACAUUACAAGUGAUCUCAAUCUACAUGUUCACAAGGCAAUGCAAGAGGCAAUGGAAGAGGUGUCUUUAAAUAGCACAAGGAGGGAACUAAUACAAGCUAGAGGUGGAAGAGGCGGUCAUCGCGGUAGAAGAUGCCUAGCCACCAAUCCAAUUGACCGUUGUUGGAGGUGUAGAAGAGAUUGGGCCCAAAACCGUCAAUUGUUAGCCAAAUGUGGAAAAGGUUUUGGUAGAAAGGCCGUAGGAGGACUUGGUGGUAAGUACUAUGUUGUCACCGAUCCAUCCGACAAUGAUAUGGUGAACCCAAAACCUGGCACUCUCCGAUUUGGUGUCGUUCAAAAGGGACCACUUUGGAUCAUUUUCCAACGUAACAUGGUUAUUACAUUGAAACAAGAAUUGUUAGUUUCAUCUGACAAGACCAUCGAUGGUCGUGGAGCCAAUGUGCAAAUUAGGGACGGCGCUGGUAUUACUUUGCAGUUUGUGAACAAUGUCAUCAUUCACGGUCUUCGCAUAAAGAACAUUAAGUCUAGGAAUGGUGGUAUGAUUAGAGAUUCUUUUGAUCACGUUGGACUUAGAACAAGGAGCGAUGGCGAUGCUAUCUCUAUCUAUGGUUCAUCAAACAUCUGGAUUGAUCAUCUUUCCUUAUCUAACUGUGAGGAUGGUCUUGUUGAUGUUAUUUAUGGCUCUACUGCAGUCACAAUAUCAAAUUGCCACUUGACCAAACAUAAUGAUGUGAUGUUGUUUGGAGCUAGUGAUACAUUUAAAGAUGACAAGAUAAUGCAAAUUACAGUUGCAUUCAACCAUUUUGGACAAGGAUUAAUCCAAAGAAUGCCAAGGUGUAGAUGGGGAUUUGUACAUGUUUUGAACAAUGAUUACACACAUUGGAUUAUGUAUGCAAUUGGUGGUAGUUCAGGACCAACAAUUCUUAGUCAAGGAAACCGUUUCAUUGCACCUGACAACAAUGCUGCAAAAAUAGUUACACAUAGAGAUUAUGCAUCACAAGAUGUUUGGUCAAAAUGGCAAUGGACAUCACAAGAUGAUUUUUUCAUGAAUGGUGCUCAAUUUGUUCAAUCUGGUUCUCCUAUUAAGAAUCUUCCAUUCAAAAAAGGAUAUUUGAUGAAACCAAGACAUGGUAGAGAAGCUAAUAGGCUUACAAGGUUUGCUGGGGCACUCAAUUGCAUUGUGGGCAGACCUUGCUAGAAAGGAUAUUAAUAAUAUAUAAAUUAAUUGUUGUACUUACUCAUUCUCGAUCAUAUAUUAAAUAUAAACAAAAGUCAAAAUGUAUUUCCUUUAAAAUUGAAUCAAAUAUAUUUUGACUUUUUAUAUAUUUAGUUUAUAUUUAAACUAAAUAUAUUAAGUACAUAUGAAGGAAGAAAUAAGGACACAAUGGUUAGGAAUUUUAUUUCUUUAACUUUGAUUUUAGAGGAUGCAUGUCUUCCAUUGAUGUUAAUAAUGAAAUGGAAUGGAAUGAAAUUAAUUUUUAUUUCCUUGUUUAAAAAAAUGUUUUCUAGAAAGUGCUUCCUCUCUCUUUUUAAUUAAUUGUCGCAAAAAUAUUGUUUUUAUUUUAUUUGUUGCGUUUUCAAAGUUUACUACAAUAUAUGGAGGGAGUAUUAUCGAAAAAAGAAAAUUUACUACAA